AAAACCACCGUAGUUCUCAGUCUGCAUGUUGACUGUCUGAUUUAAAAGUGAAUUUAAAGAAAAAUAUUCUUCUUUCUUCACAUCGAUGGGAGAAGAGAAUGAGCUGCUGAUAUGAGUAUGGAGCUUUCAUCUUUGCUUCAUGACCUUCAUCUCUCCUCCUCCUCCUCCUCCUCCUCCUCCUCAGAUAAGCCCCUCCCCUCUCCCUACCUUCCUCCUAUCACAGAGCUCCUGUCCCAACUGCAGGAGAAGCUGAUUGGUGCCUCCUCAGACUCUGAAACAAGCGCCCUGAUUGGUCAUGUGGAACAGCUCUUCAAAAUAGCAGAUCCAAAUUGGCUGUUCACAGCCAAUCAAGAUGAUGGGCGGGCGGAGCUUCAGGAGGCUUACAGCAAUCUGGUCAGCGCUCUGAUUGGCUGUGCAUCUCUGCCGCUCUGUGAAGACGACUGCAGCUCAUUGCCUGCCGCAGCCUAUCAGAGCGUCCCAAAUCUUGCUCAAGCAGUAUGCUCUGCCCUCACAGCGCUCCUAGGAACUCUGGGUAAUGGAGGCAGUCGGACUGGUCUGCUGCUGGUUGUAGCUCCACAUUUGUGCGUGUUAGCUGUCACUCAUUUCCAGGACCAGCCCUGGACCAGCUCCUCCUCCAGAGCUGGGGCUCGGAGCCUGCAGGAGGCGCUGCUGAGGACAGGGGGCUGGAGGGACUCCCCCCACCUCCUGAUGGGGGGCGGGAGUCAGACGAACGAGGGAGAAGAGGAAGGGAAGAACAGAGGAAUUCUCGGAGGAAUCCUGGACAUCCUGCAGCCUCAACUGACCAAAGACUUGUGGCAUCGCUAUGAAGCAGUGAAGCUCGUGUUCGCGUGGACGCUCCUGCAGGUGACUCGUCCCUCUCUCUCCCCUCACCUGUCCCGCCUCCUUCCCCCCUCCCUCCUCCUCACAGACCACUUCAGACAAGAGAACUGCAUUCUGGGAGUACGCUGUCUGCAUCACAUUGUACUCAACACGCCUGCUGCUGAUCUGCGUCAGUUCAACAGAGCAGAAGUUCUCUACCAGGCGUUAUUCAAACAUCUGUACUCUACAGACACUGCUGUAAUCAAGUCGGUCCUAUCCUGUCUCUUGGACUUGUUGGUGGUUUUGGAGAAGCCCCCCUCCUCUCUCACCCCCUCUUCAUCACGCAGGAAGCUCUGUCGGCAUGACGACGUGCUCCGUCUGGUCCUGACUCACAUGGAGGCGGAGCAUAAGUUGGAGCGGCGGCGCGUCUACGCCUCGGCUCUGCCUCUGUACAUAGACAGGAUGGGCGUGGCGGUGUGCAGACACCUACGGCAGGUGGAGCGAGUGGUGCUUGGAUACCUGGAGAUCACAGAUCCACCUGAAGAGACGAGUAGACUGAAGAUCCUCGAAGUCCUGCAGAAAAUAACCAAAGCCGCCUGGCCACGGAUGGCGUGUCGUGUUGCUGUGUUGCUGCGUUGCCUGUUGAAGUUGCUGGUUGCUGUGUCCUCAGACGGUCAGCUCAGUGACUCAGUGAGACAGAAGCUGAUGGGUGAGACGUCUCUCUGUCUGAAGCUGAUGGACAGCUGCUGCCACGGAGACCUGCAGCCUCUCCUUCGACAGGUCGACAGCAGCUGUUGCAGUUCUGAGGUGCUUGGCUGCUUAGCGACACUAACUGGGACAACAGAGAGGUGUUCCAGCAGAACAUCUGAAACAUAACAUAUUCCCACUAAAGACGUAAAACCUUGCCAGUGCUGUACUUCUUUUACUUCUAUUAAAGGGGCCCUAUUAUGCUAUUUGGGUUUUUAUACUUUCCUGUAGUGUGUUCUAUAGGUUUUUGUGCAAAUGAAUGCUCCGUAAAGACUAAUCCCUGUGUUCCCUCCAGAGGGAGUUUCUCUCCCUGCCUGAGACGCCUCCAUUGGAAUUUUGUUUACUUCCGUUACAUAAUGAUAUCACUAUGUAAAACGUGUGCUUCGAUUCGCUAGCGCUCUAACACAAUAGCUGGAUGUCAUGUUUCUUAAAAUGAGCAGAAUAUGACCCCUUUAAGGUUAACAAAGCUUUAAAGGUCUGUCCAUAUCGUUUCUGAUGUCAUCACCCUAAAACAAUGAAAGGAAAACAAGGAUUUUUGUUAGUGUGGUUAUAUAAAUGUAUGAUUUGUAUAUAAUGUAUAAACUGUUAAUACAGGU